AUGUCACUCAUCAAUCAAUCGAUCAAUCAACAGGUACAACAGGAAACUUGCGAUAUAUUAACAAAUGCUGUCGAAAGAUAUAUAUAUGUUAUUAAAAAUAAGAGCGGUCUGCAUGUGCGAGAGAGGAAGCUUCGUGCUCACAGACGCACCGACGAUGUUUACAAGGGGAAGAUAAACCAGCUCAUGAUUACUCUGACGUCUCCCUGCGAGGAAUAUCCGCAUAUUGAUAUGGUUGAAAGCUACAAUCUAAGUGUUGCCGACACAUCGCAGCUCACGAGUACCUCGAUAUGGGGAGUGUUGAGAGGACUUGAGACAUUUUCACAAUUAUUUUAUCUUUCCAAUGACCGAAAUGAGCUGUAUAUCAAUAAAACGGAUAUAAUUGAUUUUCCACGUUACAAACAUCGUGGUAUCCUGUUGGAUACAUCCCGACAUUACGCUACACCAUCAACAAUUCUUAAAUUGUUAGAAUCUAUUUCCAUUAAUAAAAUGAACGUUUUCCAUUGGCAUAUUGUUGAUGAUCAAAGUUUUCCUUAUGAGAGUGAGAAGUUUCCAGAAAUAAGUGAACGCGGUGCCUAUGAUUCUUCUAUGGUGUACACGAAAGAAGACAUCCUCAUGAUCAUAGAUUUUGCUAGAAACCGGGGAAUACGGGUCAUACCGGAAUUCGAUGUUCCUGGACACACCGCGUCCUGGGGCCUCGCGUACCCCGGUGUUCUAACGGAGUGCUACGACAAGCAAAAGAUGGUGGGCCUCGGUCCCAUGGAACCCACCAAAAAUAUAACAUACAAACUCCUCGCGGAUCUGUUCGCUGAAGUACAGGAUUUGUUCCCCGACAAAUACUUCCACGUCGGCGGUGAUGAAGUCGAGUUACAGUGCUGGAGUUCAAAUCCACAUUUGAGAGAUUAUAUGAAUAAGAACAACAUAAAAGUAACGGAUCUUCAUUCCCUGUUCAUGAGGAACGUCCUUCCUCUCCUCUCCAACAGCUCCAAAGUUAUCGUAUGGCAGGAAGUUUUUGACGAAGGAGUACCUCUAUCAAAGGACACACUAGUGCAAGUAUGGAAAUACGGCUGGGUGGCUGAGAUGCUCUCGGUGUUGACAUCCGGGCACAAGGUGUUGUUCUCGGCGGCGUGGUAUUUGGACGCGUUGAACCAGAAGUGGACGGACCUCUACACACACGACCCUCGAGGAAUGGUGAUGGACGUGACCGAUAACAGUUCUCUGGCGCAGGGCGUGGUGGGCGGAGAGGCCUGCAUGUGGGGAGAAAUGAUCGAUGACAGGAGUGUCAUGACUCGUGUAUGGCCGCGAGCCAGCGCUGUGGCUGAGCGUCUGUGGAGCGCUGUGGAAGGAUCGUACUACAUCGUGCCAGCGGAGGCCUACCACCGCAUAGAGGAGCACACCUGCCGCAUGAUAAGACGAGGCAUCGACUCCGGACCACCAUCGGGACCGGGCUUCUGCAUUGAGGACCGGCUGCUGCCGGAAAAGAGGCUCCGCCCUCCACUCGGCAGGACCUCUACUGCACCGCCGCCCCAAGAAGCAGCGCCAGCGCAGAAGGAGCAGCCCAAGGCCACGAAGGCAGGCAAAGGGAAGGGGAAGGGAAAGAAGUCCCCUUCGGCCCCUACCUCACAGGCGGGAGCCAGCGCUGCCCCAGCGCCCGCCCAAGCUCCUGUAAGGGAAGAUGCCCUGCUGCCUUCUACCACACCCUCCAACGAGCCAUGGAAGAAGGUGGUGGGCAAGAAGCAGCGAAAGGGGAAAAAGCCGGUACCUGAAUCCCCGGCAGCCAAUAAAGCUCCGGCAGGAAAGAGGAGGAAGCUCGUUCCUCCAAAAACCGCGGCCGUAGUGGUGACCCUCACAGCGGAAGCCGUUACACGUGGGGAGACGUACGAGUCCGUGCUGCGACGGGCUCGUGCAAAUAUUGACCCCGUGCAACCGAGUGAGGGCAGGGUCACGUGCCGACGGACCCAAACCGGGGCUCGUAUCUUCGAGUUUUCGGGGGCUCAGGGCAGCGCCAAGGCCGACACCUUCGCCAGCCAACUAAAGGAGGUAAUCGCAGACACGGCCAAAAUCGCGAGGCCAUUGAAGUGCGUGACUCUGGAAGUGACCGAUCUCGAUGAUUCGGUCACCCAAGAGGAGGUCGUGGCCGCAGUCGCGGCGUUGGGGGGCUGCGACAUCGCAGCGAUUAAGGGCCGCGCCAUCAGACCUGGCCGUGGGGGCAUGGGCAGCUUGCGACUGGAGUGCCCAGUCGUGGCUGCAAAGGCAGUUCUGGCAAAGGGACGCCUCCCGGUUGGUUUCAGCUCGGCUGGUGUCCGGGCUCUUGAGGACGAGCCGAUGCGCUGCUACAAGUGCUUCGGCAUCGGCCACACCCGGGCCCUUUGUCCGUCCGCUGCGGAGCGUACAGACCUGUGCUUCCGCUGCGGCAAGGGGGGGCACAGGUCCACCGCCUGCGAGGCCACCAAGCCGCACUGUGCCGUGUGCGCUGACAGUGGUCGGCCAGCCGACCACAUUAUGACGGGGAGGAAAUGUCGUCCUCCCCUAAAGAAAGGGAAAGCGCAGGUGACCACACGACCUGCUGCUGCCGCCGUCACUGCGAUCCCAGUCCCAGUGCCGACAACCGAGGGGAGUGCGAUGAACACCGACUAA